AUGACUGAUCCAGAAGACCUUCUCUCUGAUUCUCUACAGACAUUAUACGACUACACACCCGUAGUGCAGUCAUCGGCGGGGCGAGAAUUCGUCUACAGCUGCCCCGAAUCGCAGUGGUGUCGGUUCUCCUCACCGGGCGAUCCCCUACAAUCCCGUACUGCCCCGCUGUCCACUAUAACGCUCAGGACACCCGACACACAGCCUGCCAACUGGCCUUUGCACGUUUCGUCGAUUUGGAUCUCAUCUCUGUACACUGCGGACCAUCUUGACGACUUACAUCUCGAUCAUCACAUCGCGUCGGCCGCGCUUCAGGGCCAGUCGCUCCGCUUGCUCGAGUUCGGCGCAGGUGCGGGCUUGCCAGGUAUUUUGAUAGCAAGAUACUACCCGAAAGUCCGCGUUGUCUCGAGCGAUUAUCCCGACGAGGUCCUCAUCCGCACUCUAGUAGAUAAUGUUGGGCGCAAUGGCGUUGUAGAUCGGUGUAGUGUCGUUGCUUAUGCGUGGGGAUCUGAUCCAUCGAGUCUCUUUUCGUCACACGGCAAUGUGGAGAUAUCAGGGUUCGAUGUCAUUGUUGCCGCGGAUACGCUGUGGAAUCCGGAGCUCCAUUCUCGAUUUAUCAAAUCGCUGCAUCUGACACUCAAGAAAUCGCCGUCCGCCCGGGUCUACCUCGUUGCUGGUCUUCAUACUGGCUGCUAUACGAUUGACGCUUUCCUAAGGCUGGCUGUUGACAGUGGUUUGGACGUUGAAGAAGCCGUGGAGAGAGAGGUGAAUGGGAACUUGAGUCGUCCGUGGUGUUUGGAGGUUGCGGAAACCCAUGAUGAACAGGAGCGGAGACGAUGGGUUGUUUGGAUAGUUUUGAAGUGGAAACGGGUAUAG